AGCGGAAGAGGCGAGCCGAAGGGGCAGCGCGUGAGAGUGAGGCGGAGAGACACGAUGGCGUCCCGCGGUCCCUCCGCCAAGCGUGGUGGCGGCGCCGGCGGGGCGGGGGGCUCUCGGGGAGCCGAGCCCCAGGGGGAGCCGCCGCCUCCGCUCCAGGCCGUGCUGGUGGCCGACAGCUUCAACCGCCGCUUCUUCCCCAUCUCCAAGGACCGGCCGCGGGCUCUGAUUCCUCUAGCAAAUGUGGCCAUGAUCGACUAUGCCCUGGAAUUUCUAACGGCAACGGGAGUGGAGGAAACGUUUGUCUUUUGCUGCUGGAAGUCGGCGGAGAUCAAGGAACAUUUACAGAAAUCCAAGUGGUGCCGUCCGACUUGUCCAAACACGGUGCGGUUCGUGACCUCGGAUCUCUACCGCUCCCUUGGGGACGUCCUAAGGGACGUGGAUGCAAAGUCUCUCGUCCGCUCCGACUUCGUCCUCGUCACAGGAGACGUGGUGUCCAAUAUUAACCUUUCCAAAGCUUUGCAGGAGCACAGGGCGCGGCGUAAAGCGGAGAAGAACGUGUCCGUGAUGACGAUGAUUUUCAAAGAGUCCUCAACUGGUCACCGGGCCAGAUGUCAAGAGGACGACGUCAUCCUUGCCAUGGACAGCGCAACCAACCGGGUCCUCCACUACCAGAAAACGCAAGGGCUGAAGCGCUUCCGGUUUCCCACGAGCUUGUUCCAGAGCAACAUAGAAGAAGUCCAAGUACGGCAUGAUUUGCUGGACUGCCACAUUAGCAUCUGCUCGCCUCAGGUGGCCGAGCUGUUCACGGAUAACUUUGACUACCAGACCCGGGAUGACUUUGUGCGCGGCCUUCUGGUGAACGAGGAGGUGCUGGGCAACCAGAUCCACCUGCACGUGGCCUCAGAAGAGUAUGGCGCCCCUGUCUCCAACUUGCUGAUGUACGAAGCCGUGUCCUCCGACGUCCUCCAGCGCUGGGUUUACCCGCUGACUCCGGAGAUGAACUUCAGCGACAAGGAGCGGCGGAGCUGCACCCACGCCCGCCACAAUAUCUACCGGGGGGCAGAGGUGAGCCUGGGCCACGGCAGCGUGCUGGAGGAGAACGUCUUGAUCGGGCGGGGGACGUGUGUCGGCAACAAGUGCUUCAUCACCAACAGCGUCGUCGGCCUGGACUGCAAGAUAGGCGACGAGGUCGUUCUGGACAGGGCGUUCCUCUGGAACGGCGUCCGCGUCGGAGACCGGGUGAAAAUCCAGCAGUCGAUUGUCUGUGACGAGGCCGAGGUGAAGAAAGGGGUAACGCUGAAGUCGCAUUGUGUCCUCACUUCCCAGGUGGCGGUGGGCCCCGACAUCGUCCUUCCGGAAGGCACCGUAAUCUCCUUACAUCCCACGGAUGAGGAAGAGGAAGACGACGACCAGUUCAGCGACGAUUCCGGCGUGAACAAAGAGGAGAGCAAGGUGAAGCUAAAAGGUUACAACGCAGCAGAAGUCGGCUCCGAAGGCAGAGGCUACCUCUGGAAAGCAGACAGCAAGAACGACGUGGACGAGGAGGAGCAGAGGCAGAGCCUGUGGGGCCCCGUUUUAAGCGCGGAAGAAGAGAACGAGUCGGAAAGCGACGUGAGUCUGGGGUCUGAGCAUUCGGAUAGUCGGGCAGCUUCCCCUCAGCUGGACGAUAUCAAAGUCUUCCAGAAUGAAGUCCUGGGAACGUUGCAGCGGGGCGAAGAGGAGAACAUCUCCUGCGACAACCUGGUUUUGGAGAUCAACUCUCUCAAGUACGCGUACAACAUUGGCCUGAAGGAAGUGAUGGAGGUGCUCAGCAAGGUGGUUCUGGAGUUCCCCCUGCAACAGAUGAACGCCGAAAAAGAUCCCCAGCACUACGGCAUGCUGGUACUCCCGUUACUGAAAACCUGGGCUCCGCUCUUCAAGAACUACAUUAAGCGGGCGUCGGACCACUUGGACGCCCUGCGAGCCAUCGAGGAGUUCUUCCUGGAGCACGAGAGCCUGUCCAUGUCUAUGGCCAAAGUGCUGAUGACUUUCUACCAGCUGGAGAUCUUGGCGGAAGAGGCGAUUCUCACCUGGUUUUCUCAACGCGAUACCGCCGAGAAAGGCGGGCAGCUCCGUAAAAACCAGCGGCUCCAGAAGUUCAUCCAGUGGCUGGAGGAGGCCGAAGAGGAGUCAUCAGAGGGGGAGGAAAACUGACGCGGUGGCCGCCGUCCGUAAAAGAGGCUCCUGCCGCCCGUCCGGGGGGAACGGGGGACCGCGCGACGGGCCUUGGUCGAAAGGGCCGGAGCAGGAGCGAGACCCGAUGCAUGGUGUGCGCGUGUGGGACCUGCACGUCCGAGUGGCUGACAAUCCCGUCGUCGUCCAUUACUGUACUUGGCCACCUUACCCCUGGAACGUCACAUCUUGCGGAAUUCGCUGGCAGGAAGCGCUGGAGAGCUGUAUACGUUCGAGAUCUGUUACGGGAGGUGGGGGUGGUCGUUGUAUAAAUUAUACAUGAUGUGUAAUAAGCUAUCCAUGGGGGGCGGGGGGCUCGCAAACUGACGUCGGCAGCAGCAGUAAAUCCAUACAGGUUCCAUGUCAGCUUUCGCUGUUGGGGUCCGAACCACUUUGGAAUUGUGUAAAAUUGUGUACAAAACCGGUGCUGUCGUGGCCAAAUUUAUUUGGAGCCCUUGGCUAUUAGGGCGGGGCGGGUGCUGCUGGU